AAAAGAAAAAGGUAUAUAUAUGUAUGAUCAGAUGUUCAUAAACCCUAAUGCACGUUUCCUCUCCCAAACCUGAAGCCGCCGCCACCGCCACCGUAAUUGAUCCUGAGUAAAUGGAUUCGAGUUACUCCGAUUCUCGUCCCAUGUUCGUGCAAUCGCCUUGGAAGACGAAUGAUUCAAUGCCUUAUCCGAUGAUGAUGAACAACGAACAAUCUGAAUCACAGCCUUCCUUGAAAAGGCCAAGGCUUAACGAUGACACCACGUCGAGUAACAACAAUUCUUGGAUGGCUCCUCCAUCGUCGAACACUCCUCCUGUGAACAGGGGGACGGCUAAGAUAUUCUACAAGACGAGGAUGUGUGCAAAGUUCAAGGCAGGGACUUGUAUGAACGGAGAUCCUUGCAAUUUCGCACACGGCAUGGAGGAUCUGAGGCAACCUCCUUCUAAUUGGCAGGAGAUUGUUGGACCUCCUCCUGUUGGAGACAGAGGGAGAGAAAGAGAAAGGGAAAGGGAAAGGGAAAGGCCGUCUUCUUCUUCUUCUGUGUCGGCUACGAAUAAUAGUAACUGGGAAGAUGAUCAGAAGAUAAUCUUGAGGAUGAAGCUUUGCAGGAAGUUUUGUUUUGGUGAGGAGUGUCCUUAUGGUGACAGGUGUAAUUUCGUUCAUGAGGAUCUUUCCAAGUUUCGUGAGGAGUCUGGGAAAUUGAGAGAGAGCUCGGUGAUAAGCGUUGGUACUGAUCCGUCACUUUCUGUUGAGAAUGGGGGUAGUGGUUCUCAUCAAGUUGAUGUGAAUAGACGUGGAGGUGUCUCUGCACCUGCACCGUUGAACAAUGCUGGUGGUGUCAAGACUGUUUACUGGAAGACUAGGUUAUGUAUGAAGUUUGAGAACGGUCAGUGUCCUUUUGGUGAUAACUGUCACUUUGCUCAUGGCCAAGCAGAACUGCUGCGUCACUCUGUUGGAAAUGGAGAAGCUGUACACGCAGUUGCGUCUUUGAGUAAACAAACGGUGGUGUCUGCAAACGAAGCAUUUGCGAUGAGACCAAAUGCAGCACAAGUAGUAACAGCAGAUUCUUGUGGUCUUAACGAUGAAGGGAGACGACAGAAGUGUUUGCUCAAGUGGAGUGACUCCAAGAAGAUUAAUCGAAUCUAUGGAGACUGGAUUGAUGAUUUACCAGUGGGUCAAAAGUCCACCAAGCCAGUAGAGAGCUAGAGUCUUCCUAGUUCUGGUUCCAUUUGUCUUCUCUUUGAUGAUCACAGGUGAAAAUUUUGAACAGUAGAAAUAAAUCUCUUAAUCUGGUUUCAUUAGCAAUUCUUUGAUUGGCUUUGUUCUUGAUGAACUACAUAUAAUAUAUACUGCUUAGGAUUUCAAUGUA